AAGGAGUCUUACAGCAUCUACAUCUACAAAGUGCUGAAACAAGUCCACCCCGACACUGGAGUCAGCAGCAAAGCUAUGUCUAUCAUGAACAGUUUCGUCAACGACAUUUUCGAGAGAAUCGCUGCCGAAGCUUCAAGACUCGCUCACUACAACAAAAGAUCGACCAUC